AUGCUGAGGCUGCACGUGCUGCCGCCGUUCGGACCGAAUAUGAUCUGCAAGUAUCGGCCGGGAACGACCGGGAACAAUUCGCACAAUUCGAAGGCGUCGAGGACCUCGAGGAUACGUACGCGCAAGGCCGUGGCCGACGAGAGGAAGCCCUUCCAGUGCCAAAAAUGCGGGCGUGGCUUCACCCUGAAGAGGAACAAAGAUCGCCAUGUGAACUACGAGUGCGGGCACGAGCCGAGGUUUCAGUGCCCCUACUGUGGACUACGGAGCAAGCAAACCUCGCCGGUGUACGCCCACAUCAGGAAGAAACACCCGGAAGAGGAGCAUUUCGUAAAAUCACCGUGCUUCUGCGUCACCGUAGCCCGCGCGACGGGCGUUUGCCGAAUAACAGGUUCGUCAGGAAGAUGCCUCGCGGUUCUCAAAGUUUCAGGUUUCUACGCGGCGGUUCCUCAACUGGACCUCAAUUACAUCUUGCAAUCCGGCAAAGGCUUCGACACCGAGAGCAACAACAGUUAUUAUCCUCACGUGGCUGUGAGGAACACCCCUGAUAAGCCGUUUCGCUGUCCCAAAUGCGGCCGCUCCUUCACCGUCAAGGGCAACAUGACCAGGCACUUCAAGUACGAGUGUGGCCAGCCGCCGCGCUUUCAAUGUCCUUACUGCAAGUUCCGCAGCAAGCAGACGUCCAACGUGAUGUCCCACAUCAGGACCAGACACGCCGGUCAGAGGGUCUACGUGGUAAACUUGAAGGUCGAGGACAAGUUACCUUUGUGGGGUGUCUCAUCCUCGCGGGGAGAAUGAACUUUUUAUGCAACGGCGAUGCAACGGACGCUCGGAGAACCGCACUCGCGUGAAUAAAGCGAGCAUUUCGAUUGGAUGUUUCGGGCUCCCAUUAGAUAGGUUUUAUGCGAUUCACGCUCGUCGCGCGAGGAAGUCGUCGUGCUCCCUCAAAGUGAAUCAGUGAACGUGUUUCUGAAUGUAAAUCAGUAUCAAAGGAAUGUUUCUCACCGAUGAUCAUUUCAAUGUUCAUUGAUUUUUUGACAGAAACAUUCCUGCUUUAUUCUUCCGUUUUGUACCUCCACUGAUCUUAAUCAGCAGUGGUGGUAUGAUUUACGUUGUACCGAGUCCAGGUAUGUGUUUGGGCCGAUGAAACUAACGCCUUCCACAUGCGCCUUGCGUGAUUUUACAUCUGUAACUGCAAUGCACGAACAGUCUGUGAACUGAUAUUGACUAAUUGAUAUUGUUUAUAUGUGCUAUUAACCGAUCUUUUCAGCGAAAUUUUAUUGAUUGCUACGUUUGUGACCAUUGAAACAUAAUCAUAUUCGAACACACGACCACAUCCCCAUCUUGGUGGCAGACGAUCAGACGGAGGUAGUUUGAAUCGUAUUGGUACCAUAUCUCUUUUUAGCGUGAACUAUAAUGCCUAAAAACAUUCCUAAUAUGGACGUGUUUAAGUUCUGUGAUGUGUUGUAGAAGCCGGUAUAAGUUAAGUUUCCCGAAUAGACAAAAAUGCUGAACAUGGUAUGCAUUCAAUGCUUUAUGAUGCCAUUGCAACAGCACAACGUGUUUAAAAUAUUCUUGUUUUAAGAAAUACUCAUUUAUUAUGCCAUAAUUUUAAUCAAAGUAUUGACUUCUUAUUACUACAGUGUAAUUCUGGAUUAAUUGCUUUCUCUUUCGGACAAAAUAAGCAAUAUUUAUGACAAUAUUUAUGGCAACAAAAUAUCGCCGCGAUAUUGCCGCAAUUUUUAUGGCAUCAGAUGAUCUUCUUUUAUACAUUGACAGAAUUCUUGUUGUGUGAGGACGCAUCUUAACGUAUGUAUGCUAAUCACGAUGCGGACAAUAUACCAAAAUAUGUCUACCUGGAUCGUUUUGGACGCUUUAGUGCUGAAAGCAUCAUUCUAUUAUCCUUCAACGUGUAAUGAACGAUAAAGAUAGAAUAACGCUUUCAGCACAGAAGCUCCCAAAACAAACUUGAAUCUGGGAUAGUCUCUUUUGAAGAAAUAACAUUUCCGCGUGUGAAAAAUGCUUGCAAUGAUAAGUAUUGUCAGAAUUCAUAGUACAUCCAAAAAUGUGGUCGCUGCACUUAGACGAGGAUAGGCGGUUUUCCUAUUUCUCUCUCACAUAGCUCUGAUCGCUCGAGAACAAAGGCGUGCUCGUUCCGGUAUGGUUACAUACUGGAAGAAGGAUUUGGUAACAAGUAUUAAAACUUAAUACAUACCGAUCAAAUGUUUGAUUACUGAACAAUCUAGUUCCAUAUAUACGGUAUACGGAAACGAAAUUAUUUGGUUGCAAUAAUCCAAUAUUUGGUCGGCACCAAAAUUAACCGAAUUUUGGUACUUGUUACCAAAUCCUUCUUUCAAUGCAGUUCGAUGCUCAUGACCGAAUUACCGUGGGUAUAGCAUUUCAAUGAAGACACACUGAUUGCACUUUGGGGAGUGACGAUCUGUCGAGUCGGUCUGUCGCGCGGCUUCGGGAAUCAGGCGCGUGUUUAAUCCCGCUGGGGGUCCAGGGCAGCCGUCGGCGUCAUAUAUCGAUCGUUCAACGCGUCCUGAUCCUCGUUAGCCGCGCGGAACGGCUGAGCGACAUCUUCGCGGGGAGAUGUAUAUCAUGAACGUCCCUAGUUGUUAAGAGUUUCACGAGCGCGGUGCGGUUCCUACGCUUCUGUCGGGCUCAUCCGUGUCGCCGUGUUGCGAAUAGUGUUUGCGCGCCUGUCGAGAAUGAGAGCAUGACAUGAGGCGAGAGCGCGACCCUGCAGGCCCUGGUCGUGGCGAGAGGUCCGCCGCUAUCGGGAGGAUAUAUUGCGAAACGACGAACCGUGCGAGAGAUUCGUAGCGGCUGGAAUAAUGGGACUCAGUAUUAUCGUCAAAAUAUUCUCUCCGUCUUUACACGUUACGAAGUAUCUCCAUGCUUAGCAAUUAACGAGAGCCGGCGCGCGGAGCCUCUCAAUGUGCCCCGAGCGAUCGGCCGAUGGCUCACCGUCGUCGAUGCUCGGGGACCGGUGCACCUCCGCGCACUUCAUACCAGGUAUCGCCGUGCUUGAGGCGACAAAGAGGGAGGAUUCUCGCGAGGGUCUUGGGAGGAAAAGGGAGCGCUUAACGCGCGCACAUUCAGAGCUCCGGCAUUCGCGCGCUGUCCAAUAAGCAAUCUUUCGAUUAUUAGGAGCUUUAAGAGAGUCGUAUGUUUUUUAAGAUAUAGCUGUAUACCUUUAACGAUUCAGGUUGUGAGGUUGACGAUGGAACACGAGGAAACAUUUGCGUGCAUCUCUAAGGUACCAGGAUCGAUCAGUCUACAAUAAAUGAGCGGGAGCGACGGUAGGAGUGAGCGAUCGGUAGUGAUGGGAUUGAUUUGCCGUCGCGCUCAUUAGAAAAGUCGAUAUACAUUUAAAUAUAUAUAUAUAUAUUUAGUGCCCGCACAUACACACACACACACACACACACACGCGCGCGCAAACAUAUAUAAGACAUACAUCAUCGUAUGAUAGAGUCAACUAGGUAACGAACUAAAACAAUCAUUGGUAUCGAGGUUCGUUUAUUGAGACCUGUCAAUUAUCGCAAAUCUCGAUCGACUUGUCUUUUACAUUUUCAGAAUCUUUAUUCUCAAUAUUAAAUUUUACAUUAUUUAUUGCGUAAGUAUAUUUUUUUAUAUAUUCUCCGAUAAUAUUGUCGAUAUAUAUAACAUACGAUGUCCACUCAAUGAAGGGAGGACGAACAGAGAAAGUUUUACUUUUGCGUGAGAUAGAAAAUAUAAAGAUGCAAUAAAAGAUAAAUUUACAAAGGUAAAGUAUAUGCAAAUACGAUAAAAACGUAAGUAUCGUAGGGUAAUUAAAUGUUGUACAAAAGUGUUGUAUAAUACUAUUUAAUAACGAUAACGCGAAAAUUUAUUUUAAUUGCCGCAUCGUUAUAUCAUAUGAUCACACGCAAUGGCUGUUUAUUGUUACAUUCGUUUCUUUAUCGACGUAUUUAACGAGUUAGGUUAAGCUAAGAGAAAUUCCUUUUUAUAUUUCGCAAGAGGUAGAUUUGAAUUUUGUGAUUUAUCGACUCGUUCUUUUUUAUAUUAUCCGUCGUUAUGUGUGAAAGCAUAUAUUUAUAGAUUUGUUCUCUACUAUUUGAAAUGCUUUAUUUAUCGUUAUAUCGUUUUACAUCUUGCAAUGGCUCAAAAACAUCCUUAAAAUAAUUGAUAUGUAUUGAUACUAAAAUCACACUUGUGUAUCAAUCAAUCUCAAAUAUUCGUGAACGUAUUCUCUAGGAAGAACGAUACUAAAGUAUGAAUUUUAAACGUAAACGGCAUCUCGACGUACUAACGAUGCUGACUAGUCAGUCCCAUCACUAGCGACCGAUGGUCGUUAUUAUUAGGUGGAGAAUUGUUGUUGAUUUUACAAUUGACGAAUCGGAAUUGUUAAUAAGCGAGCAACGCGCCCAAGGCGCUCGACACGAAGACUGAAUUGUUACUAACGGGAGCAGAAAGUCUGAAAGAACAGGGUUAAGCGGUCGGAACAAACGUAGUUACCUUCUGUUUGUUAAUCGAUAUGGAACCACGUGUUGCCUCCCCCCUCCCCCUUCCUUUGAUUUGAUUUUCUACGAUGGGCGGCGGGUACAUCGAUAUAUACAUUCACUCAUUCGCAGAACACCAUAGCGAGCGAUACAGCGAGCGAGCGACGUGUAGAAUGUAAUCGGCCGUCGACAUCGUGGAAUUAGUUCUUAACGAAACGUUGCUCUUCAUGUUGCGAAGACACACCGUUACUGACACACCGUUCAACACAUGUUAUUAUUAUACAAUGAGUUUUCGCGAGGCUCGAUUGACGGGGGGCCGCCCGUCUCUUCGUGCGAUUCGCGUCCGUUUGCCUUUGCGCGACGGAAGGGUCUUAGAGACACCUACACGACACGUUAGUGGCCGACUGUUUUUGUUGCUGUGAUAUAAUUAUCGAUCGCGUAGCGAUAUAUAAGUAUACUCGUGCUUUUACUUGCACGCGCGCGAUUCGGGCGUUGAGAACGCCCUAAUGUCGAACGUCGUCGUCGCGCGUCAAGAUGAUAGCUCUUUGUACCGUUCCGUUAGGUCUUCUCGACUCUUAAGUUUCACGUUCACUAGACUUUAGGACGUCGAGUUAUGCGAGCGAGCGAGGGAUUUCAUCCGCUCGGGGUAUCUUAGCGUCGCGUGCGCGCGAAUUUUCCACGCUAUGCGACCGCUUCUCGCGCUAGCGAGCUCCGCCACUUCGACGGGUACGCUAAGACACCCCGCCCGGUACCUGGCCGAUUAGGAACGCAACAUGUUUUCACCGUCGGUUUAUCGAUAGCGAUUUCCCACGGUAUGUUUUAUGAUCGUAUAUCGUCGCUGUGGAAAUGUAAGAUAAAAAUAAAUUGAUGUUCGGACACCCUAUCCGCCGGAUGUUCUUCACUAUUCUUUCUCUUAAUACUCCGAGCCUUCGAACUCUCUCUCUCUCUCUCUCUCUCCCCCUCUCUCCCCCCUCUCUCUUCCUCUGAAAUGGAGCUCCUCGAGUUGCUUCUACUAAAACGUCCAGGAUACA